AUUCUUGAUCACCAACGCGCAACAUGCCGCCAAUGUCAGCAGCAGAGAGACAGAAGCUGCUCCUGCAGCAGGAGAUAGCCAAGCUAUCAGGCGCAAUCACGUCCUACUCGCAGUCUUCCUCGAGCAGCCACCACCACCAGUCUAGCUACCACCCGUACCGCGGCUACCCUUCCCGUGGGAGCUCGUACCGUGGUGCGCCUCGCGGACGCGGUGGCCGAGGCCGCGGCGGGCGUGGUCGUGGAGGGUCGUACUCGCUUGACUUGAGAGGAAACAACGCAUCUGGAUCAAGUACCCCUGUUGAUCGUCCCACGACUGGUCCAAGCGAGAGAGAGGAGGGCGAGGUCACCCCACCUGUGGAGGAUGCCGCCCCCAAGCCUGCUGCGGAGUCGAGCAACUGGGUCAAGAAGACGAGCAAGGGGGGGAACAUGAGCUUGAUGACCGUGGACAAGAGCAACAAGCUGUCAUCUAGACCACGACCACCUCGCCCGCCCAAGGUGCCUGCUCACAUCCAAGUGCUGCAGUCGUCCACAGAUUCAUCACCGGGCGGCACACAAGGCAAGCGCGUGGUGAUCGACGGUGUCAUCUUCGAGUUUGCCGAGGAUGGCCAGAAGCUCGUCCGCCUUCAAGAACUCGAGCCCAAGAAGAAUGCCACUUCCACGCCAACUCGCCAGUCGCUCAAGUACGCUGGCGAGCAGUACCGCCGCACGAAGCGCGGAGACCUCGUGUCAAGGUCGACACUUGCGGCGCGGCGUGCCGAGCAGGCCAAGAAGCCCUGCCGGUACUGGACCAAGACGGGCCGCUGCGAACGAGCUUUGACCUGUCCUUACAAGCACACGCCUGGACGCAUUGCAAUCUGCCCGGCAUUCAUGUACGACAAGUGUGACCGGGGAAACAACUGUCCUCUGUCCCACACUCCGUCCGCCCACAAUGCUCCCUCGUGUGCUCGCUUCCAAGCCACAUCAACCUGCUACAAGGGGGACAAGUGCAAGUUCCCCCAUGUACGUGUUGCCGACGACGCGCCCGUGUGCGAGGCGUUUGCCCGUGAAGGCUGGUGUGAUGAGGAGGCAGGCACCUGUCCCGAGCUCCACAUCUGGGAAUGCCCAGAGUUCCAUGACAAGGGGACGUGUUCUCGCGGCGCGAGGUGUGGUCUUCGCCACAUCCUCCGUGCCGAGAAGGCCAAGAAGACCGCUGCGGCGGUGGCAGCGGCCGCUCCGGCUGCUGCUCGUCCUACUAGCUCUGGUGCUGCACCCGCCGCGUUUGAUGACCAAUCAGAGUUCAUUGGCUUCCCAGGCGAGGUGUUCUCGGAGACGGAUGAGGAUGAGGAUGAUGAGGAUGACGAGGAGGACGAGGAGGACAGCGAUGAGGAGGCUGGCGACGACAGCGACGAGGAGAUGGACGAGGACGAGUCUGUUGAAGAGGACUCAGGUAAGCCCCAAGACCCCUCGUCGCCCUCUGCCAUCGACACGGACGACGACGACGAGCUCCAAGUCCUUGGCGCCGUGUAAUGGCCACACAACUGUACAUAGACACUCGCAUUGGCAUAUACACUGUGACACCCACCCCACACACACCCACCACACACACUGUUACAUUUUUUCUGUUGAAUAAUAAAAAGACAAAAGAGCAUUCCAAAUGCAUAUGCGUGAAACUACCGUACUGCGAGGGUGCACUUGGCACACUGACCCGCUUUUGACAACUUCUACAACAACUCGGCUUACGCCCUCGAGAGUCUGGCCUUGACGUUUUCGCGGCGGGCGCGGACACCGGCAGCCAGCUCGUUGAGGAGGGGGAAGGUCUGCUCGAGCGAGAUGCAGGCGUCGGUGAUGGAGACACCGUAGAGGAGGCCCGAAGGACCCUCGGGGGGAAUGUUCUGCCUUCCCUCGUUGAUGUUGGACUCGAUCAUGACACCGAGGAGCUGCUGGGCGGUGGGGCCGUUGGCGAGCUGCUCGGCAAUGUCCUUGCCGACCUCGAGCUGCUUGAUGUGCUGCUUUGACGAGUUGCCGUGCGAGCAGUCGACCAUGAGGCGGGGGACGAGGCCGGCCUUCUUGAGCUUCUCGGCGGCGGCGCUGACGUGCUCGGCGCUGAAGUUGGGGCCCUUGGUCGAGCCGCGGAGGAUGACGUGCGUCGAGGGGUUGCCCGACGUCUCGACGAUCGCAGUGAGGCCCUGCUUGGUGACCGAGAGGAAGGUGUGGCCGGCGGCAGCGGCCUUGAUAGCGUCGACGGCAAUGUCAAUCGAGCCGUCGGUACCGUUCUUGAAGCCGACCGACAUGGAGAGAGCAGAAGUAAGCUCACGGUGCACCUGGGACUCGGUGGUACGGGCGCCGAUGGCGCCCCACGACGAGAGGUCGGCAAGGAACUGGGGCGAGAUGACGUCGAGGAACUCGCCGGCGGUGGGGAGGCCCAUCUCGGCAAUGUCGAGAAGCAGCUUGCGGGCCGUCUUGAGGCCGCGGUUGAUCUGGUACGAGCCGUUCAUGUCGGGGUCGUUGAUGAGGCCC